AUGGAUACAGUCGUAUCAGAGUGGAACCUUGUAUGUGACAGACAAUGGAUUGUGGCUUUCAUUACAUCAAUUCAGAUGGUAGGUGUUCUUCUGGGAUCCAUCAUCGCUGGUCAGAUGGCGGACUCGACUGGACGAAAACCAACCAUGCUCACAGGAUUUACCACUAUGCUUUUUAUUAUUUAUUUCAGCCUUGUUCCAGAAAGUUUCAGAUGGUUGGUUUCCAAGAUGAAGUUUGAACAAGCUGACAGAUCUAUCGACUUCGUAGCAAAUGUUAACAGGGUGCCAAAACCAAAUUUAAAGAAACUAUUUGAUUCAGCGGAAACAGAAAUAAAUACACCAUCAAACACCACUACUGAAUAUGAGGAGAAAAAUCAUGUUAAAGCAAAUCACCCAUCUACUCCUAAGUAUCAGAUCCAAGGGUCUUCAAUGUCUCUCACAGUUGCCACUUUGGUCAUUUCUUUACUGGCAAAAAUGUCUGUUUCAACGGCAUACCUUGCAAUUACUAUCUAUACUACGGAAUUGUAUCCCACUGUAGUGAGGACAAUAGGUUAUGGUUUUCAGUCAACAGUUGGAAGAAUUGGUGCAGUAGCAGCUCCCUUGUUGAUUCAUCUUGUCCAGGAACUUGAAGGUCUUACAUGCUAUGGAAAGUCUCCCACCCAACUUAUAUGCCAAGAUUCGUACUUUCAUGGAAAAAUGGCUUUGCGUGUAUUGGUGUUCUAUACUAGACAUUUAAAAGAGCAGCCAGACUUUCUAUUCACAAAGAGUUAG